UGUAGCUAACCAAGUUGUGACGUUCGAGGUAGGCUCGCGAUUUAUGCACCUCUCCAUCAUUUUAGCUAUAACAGAUAUCAGAACUAUAUGCCUGUAGUUGUAAUGCCGGUCACAGACUAUCAGGUACACCUGACAGCCUGUCAGGCGACCUGACAACUGAUUAAAAUUCGAUCAGUUCUGCUUGACAGGCGAGUAGACUUGACAUGUGUGUGGCGGUGUAACCUGAACAGGUAGAUACUGAAAAAUGUCGCAACGGAAUAAUGAAGUUCUUAGUGAUUUUAUUGAAAUUUAUAAAUAUGAACCUUGCUUGUGGAAAGUGCAAGAUAAUGACUAUCGCAAUAGAAACAAGAGAGAUGCUGCAUACAGAAAAUUAGUGAACAAAUUGAAGGAAAUAGAGCCUGAUGCAAACGAGACCUUGGUUAAAAAAAAUCAACAGUUUGAGAUCCAAUGUUCGAAAGAAGCAGAAGAAAAUUGACUCCUCAAUGAAAUCUGGCGCCUCAGCAGAUAAUGUAUACAAACCUUCUCUUUGGUACUUCGAACUUUUUGAUUUCAUAAAGGACCAAGAUAAUCCUAGAUCAUCGGUCUCAAAUUUAUCUCCUGAAAGGGACAAUGAUGAGGUGAACAUUGAUGACCCAUCUCCAGAGGAAAACCAAUUGACACCCACUGUCUCUCAAGAAGAGCGGCGGGAAUCGAAUCUACCUGCGGCGUCGGCUGGGAUUUCACGACCUGGGCCCAGUAUAAAGAGGAAAUCUAAUGAUGGUAUAUCAGCUGAGAUAUUGUCUACUGUUCGCGAUCAUUUCAAACGACCGCAACCACAAAUCGACUGUUGCGAGCUCUUGGGGCGAACAGUAGCUAUAAAAAUGAGGGGCUUAAAAGAUAAACGCCUGCACAUCCACUUUCACAAGUGCACAAAAUUACGCACCAUCUCCCACACCAAGUCCACAACAUUACACACCAUCUCCCACACCAAGUCCACAACAUUACACACUAUCUACCACACCAAGUCCACAACAUUACACACCAUCUCCCACACCAAGAACAAAACCCAACUUCUCACAACAAUACAAAAACAGCAUCAAGUUUUUUGUCAAAUUUCACUGAAACUUUUGAAUGAGUAAAUAUGAAAAUAAAAAGUUUGUUUAAAUAUAUUAAAA